GGGUUUGUCGCCAGGCCGCGCACGACUGCUGACGGCACGCAGGAUCCGUACCAUUGGGACUGUGUUGUGCCGGGCAAGAAGGGCACCAUGUGGGAACGGGGCAACUACCCUGUCCACAUGAGCUUCCCCGUCGACUACCCACAUGAGCCUCCGGAAUGCAAGUUUGGCAAGGCGCCGGGGGGUGAGGUGCUCUUCCACCCGAACGUCUACAGCGACGGCACCAUCUACCUCCGCAAGCUCUCUCCUGACGAGCGCCUUGCCCGCGCGUGGACGCCGGAGACGACGAUCAAGCAGCUCCUCCUCGACAUUCAGGCAUUGCUGGUGCAUCCGCGCCCGCCCAAGGACGCCGGCGCGCUGCGGAGAGCACACGGCCACAGACACAUCCGAAACACCGCUUGCGAGUGCUCAUAG